CUGGAGCGGUUCCGGUCCCGCCACCCGGUCGCAGCUGAUUUCCUGCGCCGAUCGCCGCGGCGUGCGGCCGGGGCCCCGCGAUUCCCUCCGAGAGAAAGGUUAGUGUGCCACUCGCUCCAGGUUACGUCGUGACGGGGCGUGCAGACAGCAAAGAAUUAGAAGUACAGAAGGCGCGUCGCUUUAAAAAGUUCUUACAAGUGCAACUGUCCUUGGCGUUUUUAUGGAUCCGCACGGGCAAUUCUCUGUGAGCAUUUAAAGGCAAGUAGGUCUGCAUUGGUUACAAAGGAGGCCUUCUGGUGGUGAUGGAAAGACCCCCCCUGUCUCGUUUGAGGGUGGUGAGGACACAUGGAUUGAGCUCUCCAAACUCGGAAUGCAGCCGCAGAUGUGCAGUUGGGCAACUACACGCGCCUCUGUCCUCCCGAUGCCAGCUCCGCGGAGCGUGGAAAGGGAGCGCGGCGGCCGCUGACGUCACUCCGGGCGGGGCCCGCGUCUGAAUAAAGCCGGGGGGACGCCGGCCGCGGCAGCGGCGGCCGAGCAGCGCCUCGCCAUGAGCAGCCACAACUCCUCCCGGCUCCACGCCGCCGCCGGGUGCAGCUCCGGCCAGAUGUUCCUGCAGCCCGUCUGGGACCGCCUGCGGACCCGGGAGGCCCUCACCCAGUCGCCCUUCUUCCCGGUCAUCUUCUCCAUCACCACCUACGUGAGCUUCUGCCUGCCCUUCGCGGUGCUGGACCUCCUGUGCCCCUGGGUGCCCGCGCUGCGGCGCUGCAAGAUCCAGCCGCACAGCGCGCCGACGGCGCGGCAGCUGCUGUCCUGCCUGGGGCGGACGCUCUACCAGCACCUGGUGUUCGUGUUCCCGCUGACGCUGCUGCACUGGGCCCGCGGCCCGGCCCUCCUGCCCCCCGACGCCCCCGGGCUGCCCCAGCUGCUGGGCCACGUCGCGCUCUGCCUGCUGCUCUUCGACGCCGAGUUCUUCGCGUGGCACGUGCUGCACCACCGGGUGCCCUGGCUGUACCGGACCUUCCACAAGGUGCACCACCAGAACGCGCCCUCCUUCGCGCUGGCCACGCAGUACGUGAGCGUCUGGGAGCUGUUCUCCCUGGGCUUCUUCGACAUGGUGAACAUCGCGCUGCUCCAGUGCCACCCGCUCACCGUCCUGGUCUUCCACACCGUCAACAUCUGGCUGUCGGUGGAGGACCACUCGGGCUACGACUUCCCCUGGUCCACGCACAGGCUGGUGCCGUUCGGCUGGUACGGGGGCGUGGUGCACCACGACUUGCAUCACUCUCACUUUAACUACAACUUCGCCCCGUACUUCACUCACUGGGACAGACUAUUGGGGACCCUGCGGCACCCUCACGCCCAGUAGCCCGCGCCCCUCCCGUGUGUGUGUGUGUGUGUGGGGGGGGGGUGGCGGCUGCAGUGGGCAGGGGGUGCCCCUCGGAACCAGGACUGUUGGUGCGUUUCACACUUGAAUCAGAAGGAACACGCCUGAGCUCUUUUUAUUUUUAUAUGUUAGUAAGUAAUUUAUUACCUGCUGGAAAUUUCUAGAGAAAAAUCGGAUGAAUUAAUUUAUAUGUAAAUUUUUGUAUAUCAAUAAUUGUAUACGGGGUGGUGCGUCCUAGCUCACUCCAGUAGCCUUGAUUCCUGGAUCAAUGUAGACAUUUAUCACUGGCAUAUUGAAAUCAUUUCUAAACGGAUUUGUUUGUAGGACAAGGAAUUUCCUAUGUUUGAAAGGGUCCUAGAACGAGACUAAAAAAACGUAUUUUUUAAAAUGGGGAAUCUGAUGUCUGAUGCUAUCAACACUGCACCAUGUUCCUGCUGGACAGUAACUAAGAUGAUCAUACUUUUUUCCUAUUUUUUUUCACAGAAUUUUAUAUUUAUAUGGAAAGAAAUGUUAUUUAUGCUUUAAAAAAAAGAAUAUGAACCAAAUAA